UUUUGGUGAUUUAACUUGAUGGACCAUGUAAAAUCAUAGACAAAUCGCAGAAAAAAAAAACAAAAAAUUGGCAGCUGUGACGUUUUACUUACUGACAUUGACAUUUGGCACGAAAAUUUAAUAAAGUUUUCGGUUUUUUCGAUCAACUCCCAAGUUUUAUCAAACUUUUAUAAAACUUGGGAUUGUAUGUUCUGGAUUCUGUACCUCUUACCCUGUACUCUGCAAUAAGCUCUUACGACGACCCGGCUAGUUACAUCGGAUACUAAUUAUGUCCAUGACGAAGGAGAACAGACCGCCUAAAAGGCAACGAUCAGAAAACUGGUUGGAGGAAGAUAAGUAUUUGCUGAAAGAGUUGGUGAAAGAAAGAGUAAAUGCAAUCGAAAAUAAAAAUACAGACACUAACACGAAUAAACGGAAGGUUGCGGCUUGGGCUGAUUUACAAACAACGUUUAAUUCAAUGUGCGCUGGUAUGAACCGCUCCAUUACCCAGUUAAAAUCGCAAUGGAGCCUCAUAAAAAUCAGUGCGAAGAAAGACAAGACCAUUGCUAGGCAGGCUCAAAUUAAAACUGGCGGUGGUCCACCAUUAUCAGUGCCUGACGAUAGGGCUGAUGAUAUAGCAUCUUGGUUGCCCAAUGAAUUUGUAGUCGAUGUUAACAGAUUUGACUCGGACUCAAAUAAAAGUGAAUUAAUUAACAUUCAAGAGGAGGAAUCAACUCAAAAUACGCAAGAUCAGGAAUUGAUAAAUAAUGAAGAAAUCCAAUAUGAAUUGGUGGUACUUGAUGAAGAAAUAGAAGAUACACAUGCUUGUACUACUAGAGGCAUAUUGGAAGAUAAAGAAAAUAAAAAAGUAGAGGCAAAAGAAAAUAAAGCAAAACCUAAUUUUAAAGCACCAGCAAUCAAAAAAAAAAGGAAACUGUUAAACAAAGAAGGCUUAAUUGAUUUAAGCAAAGUUAGGAUUUCCGAAAUUGCAGAAACAGAAUCAAAAUGCCGGAUUGAACUGCAUGAAGUUCAAAUGGAAAACGAACGGAAGAAAGGGAGAAACUUGGAUCUUGAGCAUCAAUUAUUACAGGAAAAACUUAAAUAUUACACUCACAUUAAUAAAGAAUAAUAAGUCUUUUGAUGUUAAAGUUUUUCAAGUACUAACAGAUUCUAAAUAAUAAGUUAGUUCCUCCCUUACUUCUGUUUGUUUUUAAUUUGUAUUUUAUGCAGUUCCAAUCCGCAUUUUGAUUGUGUUUCUGCAAUAUAUUUAGACGGCUA